AUGGUCUACUACUUCAAAACUCCAGUCAACGACUUCCAGGAUGCCACCAUCUACAUGGGAAGGGACAAGGUGGAAAACGACCCGCUCAUCAAACACUCCCACCCAAAAAACAUCUGGUUCCAUGUAGACAACUACUCGUCGGCCCAUCUCUACCUCCAGUUGACCAAGGAAGAGUUGGCGUCGUACAAGUCGUUUGACAGCUUCACGAUCGACGCCAAUCUCUUGGAACAGUUGGCCCAGCUCACUAAGGCCAACUCCAUCAAGGCCAGCAAGCUCAACAACAUCACCGUCAUCUACACCCCCGUGGAAAACUUGCAUACCGAUGGAUCCAUGGACAUCGGAACCGUGACUUUCAAGAACCCCAAGCUCGUCAAGCGGGUCCAUGUCACUAAGAAAGACAACAUGAUCAUCAACAGGCUCAACAAGUCGAAAACCGAAAAGCCCACCGAGGACUUCAUUCAGGAACAACAGCAAUUGGUACGUGACAUCCAGAACGAGAGAAAGAGAAUGGACAGAGAGUCCAACGAACUCAGAAAACAGUACGAGCUGGAAAAGAAAACUAGAGCCGAUCCUUACGGUGAUUUGUUCACAGACAAUAACAUCAAUGCCAGCUCAAACGAGUUCAGAAAUGAAAACUGGGUGGAAGAGGAGUUCUGGUAG